CUUACCAAAAGUACUGGUCGUAAACAAUGUCUGAUUCAAACACUUUCUUGUUUUUGAUUGUCGGGAUUUUGGCAUCUCAGGCAAUGUCUCGGACAGUUCAUGAAUCCGCCAUUGAUGAACAUGAACAAUGGAUGGUUAAGCAUGGCCGAACUUAUAAGGACAGAGCUGAGAAAGAUAAACGUUUUAAGAUAUUCAAAGAGAACUUUGAAUAUGUUCACAGCUUUAAUAAUGCAGGAAAUACAAGUUACAAGCUGAGUAUCAACAAGCACUCAGACUUGACGCAUGACGAAUUCGUCGCGGCUCGUACCGGAGACAUCAACCCGAGCAACAAUGUGACUUCGACGGAAAUGUCGUUUCGAUAUGCCGAGUUUGCACAGAUUCCAUCAAGCUUGGAUUGGAGGACCGAGGGCGCUGUCACCGCUGUUAAGAACCAGCACAAUUGCGGGUGUUGUUGGGCAUUUGCAGCAGUAGCGGCUACGGAAGGUGCAACCCAGAUCAAAACUCAAAAUUUGGUCUCAUUGUCCGAGCAACAAGUACUGGAUUGCAGCGACAACAAUGAUGGUUGCAACGGUGGUAACAAGAUAUCAGCCUUCCAAUACAUCGUGCAAAACAGUGGAUUAACCAGCGAAGACAAUUAUCCCUAUCAACAAACGCAAGGAGCCUGUGAUAUGCAAAAGCAGGCAUCCCAAGUCGCCGUUAUCAGCAGCUACGAAAAGGUGCCACCCAACAGCGAACAAGAUUUAGUCAAGGCUGUCUCGAACCAGCCGGUUGUGGUCAGCAUAGAAGCCAGUGGACCCCAUUUUAGGCACUACAAAAGUGGUGUUUUUACCGGGAACUGCGGGACUCAGACCAACCAUGCCGUUACCGUCGUUGGAUUCGGGACGAGCGAUGACGGUAUCGAUUAUUGGUUGGUGAAGAAUUCAUGGGGUGUGGAGGAUUGGGGUGAAGAUGGUUACAUAAGGAUGCAAAGGAACGUGGCUGACCCACAAGGUCUUUGUGGGCUAGCCAUUAGACCUGCCUAUCCAACUGCAUGAAUAUUCCAAGGUCUUUGCAAUUUGCCAAUGCAUUGAUUGAGGAAACUCAAGCCCUCUAUGUGUUCCUCUCAUUUUCCCUUUGUUGUAUUAAGUCAAGGUCCUUGCAAUUUACGUCCAAAAAUGUAUCCGUCGCUCUUUAAUAUUUUGUU